UGAGGUGCCUUGUGUUCCAUGACCUUAUUUUUUGUUUAUUACAGUGUGAACCACUGCCCCAUGUUGUGUUGAUGCCAGUCUGCCAUGCUAGCCUGUCUACCAGGGCCAGGUGACCUGUCCUUUCAGCUUCUUUCUCACACGCAGAUGAACACUGGACUUCAGAAAUGGGACACUACACAGAAAAUGAGAACUGCUCACUAUCCUACCCCAGCCGAAUUGGACGCGUAUGCUAAGAAGGUCGCAAACAACCCACUGACUAUAAAAAUCUUCCCCAACAGUGUGAAGGUUCCCCAGCGGAAACACGUUCGUCGUACUGUGAACGGCCUCGACACGUCAGCUCAGCGCUACAGCCCCUACCCGACUCAGGCUGCCACCAAGGCAGGCCUGCUUGCCAUUGUCAAAGUGCCAGCCAAAAGCAUACUCAAGGACUUUGACGGCACCCGAGCCCGGUUGCUCCCUGAGGCCAUCAUGAACCCCCCAGUGGCGCCCUAUGCCACUGUGGCACCCAGCACUUUAGCCCACACCCAGGCCCAGGCUCUGGCCCGCCAGCAGGCCCUGCAGCAUGCACAGACCCUGGCCCAUGCCCCUCCCCAGACGCUGCAGCACCCUCAGGGUAUCCCGCCACCCCAGGCACUGUCCCACCCUCAGAGCCUCCAGCAGCCUCAGGGCCUGGGCCACCCUCAGCCCAUGGCCCAAACCCAGGGCUUGGCCCACCCUCAGGCCCUGGCUCACCAGGGUCUCCAGCACCCCCCCAACCCCUUGCUGCAUGGAGGCCGGAAGAUGCCAGACUCAGAUGCCCCCCCGAAUGUGACCGUGUCUACCUCAACUAUCCCCCUUUCGAUGGCGGCCACCCUGCAGCACAGCCAGCCCCCGGACCUGAGCAGCAUCGUGCACCAGAUCAACCAGUUUUGCCAGACGAGGGCAGGCAUCAGCACUACCUCAGUGUGUGAGGGCCAGAUCGCCAACCCCAGCCCCAUUAGUCGCAGUCUGCUCAUCAAUGCAAGCACCCGGGUGUCGACCCACAGCGUCCCCACACCAAUGCCUUCAUGUGUGGUCAAUCCCAUGGAGCAUACCCAUGCGGCCACAGCCGCAUUGCCUGCCACAGGUCCUGUCAACCUGCCCACAGGUAUCUCUCGAGCCCCCACUGGCUACCCUAGCGACCUGAAGCCAGUCGCCUGGAACCAGCACCAGCUGGCCCACCUGCAACAGAUGUGCAGUGAAGCUGGUGGGACGCCAGCCCCUGGCCUGACAGGCAAGCAUGCGGCAGGACGCGAGUUGGCAGGGCCUGGCUUUGUGGGCAAGGCCCCUGCCUACCCGCAAGAACUCUGCCUGGCACAGUCCUUCCAUCUGAAGCCACCCCUGGAGAAGCCAACCCCAUCCCCACCAGUCAACGGCCUGGCAGCCCCACUGGCCUACCCCAAUGGUCACUUCUUUCAACCCCUGUGGAACAACAUUCUGCCCACUCCCAAUAGCGACAGCUCGGGGUCUCAGGACCUCACCAUGCCAUUCCACGGUGGGCAGCCCACAGGUGCACCCCUCGACUGUGCAGCAGCUCCUGGGGCCCACUACCGAGCAGGGACCGGGGGCGGUCCAGUGGCAAGCCAGAACAGCUUGAUGCAAACAGUGGAUUACCUAAGUGGGGAUUUCCAGCAGGCCUGCUUCCGAGAACAGAGCCUGGCCAUGCUGAGCAAGGCCCACCGAGUCCCUGGCAACCGAGCCCCUGAUCCCACAGAUAGUCGAAGUCUUCAUAUUCAGCACCCAGGGUAUAGAUAGGGAGCCCUGGUGCCCUCCACAUGCAACACGUUGUACGUCGCCCUCCUAGGUUUAGUCUUAAUUUUAACUGGAUAGUUUCACAUUCUCACUGCUCCAAUGUGAUCACUCUUAGAUGUCUAAGAAAGGAAAUUUGGUGGGAUCCAGUUGGGGACAGAAAGGUCCUCUCAUCCUCCCCUCCAGCAACUUUUGGUUUUAUAUUAGAACCUAACUUGAACCCUAGGCUUUUCUCUCUGCUGCCUUUCAGUCAGUCCCUCCACCUUGGCCAUUUCUGACUGGCCUCCUCUCAUCCUUUCCUGAACCUUUGCCUCAUCUCCCCUAGGACUGAGGUGUGAGCUAAGGGAAGAGCCCCAGGUGAGGUAGCUGUAGGUGCCCAGGCCCCUAACUAGGCCUCUUCCUGUCUCUCUCUCUUUGGGACUAAGAAGCCAGACUUCCCAAGUGCUCUGGAAGCUAAUUCCUUAUUCACCCAAAGAUCUUAAAUCAAAACUGACCCAGUCUUCAUCUCCUUCCGGCUCCUUUCUAUUCCUCAAGACUGUUUUGCAUUUACAUUUAUCCCAGAGCCUCUGUACCUUUCCUUGCCACAUGCUUGACCUCAAGGGCAUCCUGAAGGUAUUUGGCCAUAGCUUUGAGAUAUGGAAAAAAAUCUUUGUAUUGGCACCUUGGUUCCUGACUCCCCUUUCCAGACCUAGAGAAAUGCAUUGACCAUCCAGCAUACCCGAGAUUCCUUUCCCACUGCUGCCCCUCCUGACACCUGCUGCCCUCAUGUCCUACCCUGUCCUCUGUCAAAAAAAGAAGCAAAACAAAAAACUGCUACCUUACUUGAGGAAUUAGGUAGGUAAGGGAUGAUCACAUUGGAGAUUGGAAUUAAAAACACCAAAAAAAAAAAAAAAAAAAAAAAAAAGCAUUCAGUUCUCUCUAUACUGGCUAAGAAUAUUGCUCUACACUGUAAGUUUUAAAUGUCAUGUUUCAUAUGGAUGUAGUGUGGCUUUGAGUAGCAUUGUGUAUGAUUGGCCCCACAGGUACAUUCACACGCUAGUGACCUCCCUUUGCAACCCCUCAGUUUGAAGAAAGAAAAAGAGGAAAAACAAAAAAACACAAAGCCUUAA